UUCAGUGGGGAAGGGCGGAUCUUGAUGAUAGUGAAGCCGGUGAACGUCUGUGUUGGGCUUUACCAUCCGCCUUCAUCUGCCAUGGAUAGUCAGGGCAGGAAAGUUCUUGUUUGUGAUAAUGGAACAGGGUUCGUGAAAUGUGGUUAUGCUGGGUCAAAUUUCCCAGCUCAUAUAUUUCCAUCGUUGGUUGGACGACCGAUGAUUAGAUCAUCUCAAAAAGUUGGGGACAUUGAAGUGAAGGAUCUUAUGAUUGGUGAUGAAGCCAGCAAAUUACGAUCGAUGUUGGAAGUUGUGUAUCCUAUGGAAAAUGGAAUUGUUCGUAAUUGGGAUGACAUGGCCCAUAUAUGGGAUUAUACUUUUGGACAGAGUAAAUUAAAUGUGAAUACCAGAGAAUGUAAAGUAUUACUAACUGAGCCUCCAAUGAAUCCAACUAAAAACAGAGAGAGGAUGAUAGAGAUGAUGUUUGAAAAAUAUCAAGUAGCUGGAUGCUACAUUGCUGUUCAAGCUGUACUUACACUUUAUGCACAAGGACUUCUUACCGGUGUUGUGGUAGACUCAGGAGAUGGCGUUACUCAUAUCUGUCCAGUUUAUGAAGGCUUCUCUCUUCCACAUCUUACAAGACGUCUAGACAUUGCGGGUAGAGACAUCACAAGAUACCUUAUAAAAUUGCUGCUUUUACGUGGCUAUGCUUUUAAUCAUUCUGCUGAUUUUGAAACCGUACGAAUGCUCAAAGAAGAUCUCUGUUUUGUUGCAUAUAAUGUUGAACAAGAACAAAAACUUGCCUUAGAAACAACAGUUUUGGUUGAAUCAUACACACUUCCAGAUGGAAGAGUUGUUAAAGUUGGUGGCGAAAGGUUUGAAGCCCCAGAAGCAUUAUUUCAACCUCAUUUGAUUAACGUUGAUGGUGUUGGUGUUGCCGAGUUACUCUUCAAUACUAUACAGGCAGCUGAUAUAGAUACCCGAGCAGACCUUUACAAACACAUAGUACUGUCAGGAGGUUCUACUAUGUAUCCAGGAUUACCAUCAAGGCUUGAAAGGGAGGUAAAACAACUUUAUUUAGAAAGAGUUCUCAAAGGAGUUACAGACAAACUAUCGAAAUUCAAAAUAAGGAUAGAAGACCCUCCACGGCGUAAACACAUGGUGUUUUUAGGUGGUGCUGUCUUAGCUGAUAUUAUGAAAGAUAAAGACUCAUUCUGGAUGUCAAGACAAGAAUAUGAAGAAAAAGGACUAAAAUGUUUAGAAAAACUUGGGGUGAAGACAUAAGUUAACAUGUUUACAGAGGGAUUGGGGGGGGGGGUGGAGUUUUUGUAAAUGCCAAAAUAUUUUACUAGAAUGAAUUAGAAUUGAUUUAAUAGCAUUGAUUGCUAAGCUUUAUUUACAGAAGAUAGAUGAGUGGGAAUGGGAGGAAGGGAGGUCUUUUGCCACCAGAAAAUAUCACAUCUCUACUUUCAUUAUAAUCUCAUCUUAAUUUAUGUUUUAUUCUCUGGUAGCAGUGACUUUCCCAAACUACCUAGAGGGGCUUUUUUUCUUGUGCAGAAAAUGACUUUACCAUAUUAUGGAAAUAUUAUAAAAUUUUGAAUCUAGAUUUGAUUAUCUGAUAGUAUAGAGCAAACAAGAUUGUUGAAAAUUGCAUGUAUUGAUUUUAUGUGCAUAAUUUACGUAUUACUGUAUUGGCUCCCCUAGUUUGGCAUCUAGAAUCAACUCAAUUUAAUACAUGUAGUGAAUAGAGAAUUCCUACAAUAUGGAGAUUAUCAAUUUAUUUUACUAGAGCAGUGUACAGAUUCUUUAUACAUUUUGGUUUUAAGGAAAUUCAGUUAGGGUUUUGGUUGAAUAGUUAUAUUUCUGAAGUGGUCAAAUUUACCAUUGAUAUGAUGUAUUUCUUAACUCCUCUCAUGCUAUUAC